ACUACACUAGACUGUCCAUUAGCGGAUUAAACGAAGACGACGAUAAAACUUUGGCUGACCUGCAAAUUUCCCAUUCGUCUUCUUUCUCCAAAUCUCGAUACAAUUUCGGGAUUCUACUUGCCGUUCCGUGCGAUUUCAUCUCCUUCGCUACCAAAAUUGAUAUCUCUCAAACCCUAAAUUUCCUCUGGAGCUAAACGAUGAUCUUAGACGAGAAAAAUCGAAAAAAUCUCGUAUUCCUAAUCUUACAGUUCUUUGAUGAAGAGGGUUACGAAGAAAGCUUACACUUAUUGGAGCAGGAUUCAAGAGUUUUCUUCGAUUUUAGUUACUUCUCCAAUGCAAUCCUUAAUGGUAACUUUAAAGAAGCAGAUGAUUAUCUUUUAGCAUUCACUCGUCCAGAAGCAAAUACAUAUUCAAGGAAGAUGUUCUUUGAUUUGUUCAAGCGGAAAUUAUCCGAAGCACCGGAUAGAAGUGGUGGCUCUGAAGCUGUGAACAUAUUCUCUAAGGAUUUGAGACGGAUUCCUGUUUUAAAAGAUGAUAGCUUCGACGAUUUGGUUGAGGUGAUUGCUGUAGAUGAUAUGAGGCAAGGGAUUCCUGAGGAAACUUGUUGCGUGGACAAAGCACCGGGAAGAGCUAAAUUGUGUGUUGAUCUCCAUAAACUAGCAGAAAGCAAUCCUUGUUUAUGUGACAAACUUGAAUUUCCGAGCUUGAAUAAAUCUGCACUGCUGUCGCUUAUCUCCCUCAUAUGUCCAAAUUGUAGUGGGAGAAAUGGAGGUUUGAAGGAAGAUCUCAUUUGCUUAAUCCUUCAAUUUCUCUAUGAAGCCAAGUACAAGAACACUCUGCAUAAGUUAGAGCAAGAAACUAAAGUCUUCUUCAACUUAAAUUAUCUUGCGGAAGUGAUGAAGCUCGGUGAAUAUGGCAAAGCUGAAGAGUACCUGGGAGCUUUUACAGACUCAAAAGAUAACAAGUACUCAAAGGCUAUGUUUCUUGAAAUUCAGAAACUUAUAUGCCUACAAUCUACAGAAUGGGAGGUUGCAACCCCAACUGGAUCUCUUGAUAAUAUGUCGCCGAAGAUAAAGCUACAUGCCUCUGUUGCCAUGCUAGCGAAGAAGAAUCCCGUACUGAAAGAUAAACUCAAGUUUCCUAGCAUGGAAAAGUCAAGACUUUUAACACUAAUGAAGCAGACUAUGGACUGGUGGACUUCUAGUACAUGCAACAGUUCUAGUUCUCUGGAAAAUGUUCCAGUAGUGUCAUACCUUUGUGGCACACCAUCCUCUUUGAGAAAAAAAUUCAAUAAAACAGGGCCAAGGAAGAAGGUUGUUAACUGCAAACCAAACGAAAUCAAUGAUCCAUCUCAGUGCAAUGCACUCGUUCUUCCUGAUUAUUGCUCGGAAGAGAGGGUUGCACGUUUGACCUAUUCCCCUUCUGGAGAUUACAUACUGGCUUUGGCAGAAGACGCCACACAUAAACUCUGGACGUGGGCAAGUAGCCAAAAUGAAUUCUGCAAGUAUACUCCUAGAAUAUUGAAGGAAAAUGUAUUUCCGAAGCCACAAUUACAUCAACCUCAAAGUGGGAAAACUAUGAAAAACGAGAUGGCCGCCUCUGUUCAGAAUUCAACGUCAUGUUUCGCCAUCAAGGGUUCCUAUCUUUUCUCUACUUCAGGAGGAAAAAUAGCAGUUUUUGAUGUAAAGAGUUUUGAGAAGGUAGCUGCUUUUGGAAGUCCUACACCUAUGGCUACGUAUUUUAUAUUUAUUCCUGGUGAUUUGCUUGCAGUUGGGCUAGAUGAUGGUUCUAUCUUUAUCCAUUGUUUAUCCUCGAGAAAGGUCAAAGAAAAGCUGGAGGGCCACGAUCAGAAAAUAGCCUGCCUAGCAUUUUCCCGCUGUUUUAAUGUCCUCGUCUCAUCCGACUCUGAUGGAAAGCUCUGUCUUUGGAGCACAAAGAGUUGGGUUAAGCUAACAAGUAAGAACUCUACGCGUAAGUUUUGCACCCGGUCUAACCAUGAGUCCACCUCUUUAGUAACUCACAUCCAGUUUGACCCAUAUCAAAUUGAGCUACUUGUGGUCCAUGAGGGUUGGAUAGGUAUAUACGAAGCUCGAACUCUUGAUUGCCGUUUGCAGUGGAUACCCGAUGAAUCUGAUAAUGCAAUAACUUCCGCUACAUAUUCUUCCGAUGGUGAGAUCAUCUAUGUUGGCUUUAGAAGUGGAUUUAUAAAAAUUGUGGACUCCAGGACCUUCAUGACGGUAUGUCGAAUCAAUCUGACUUCUCUUACUCAACCCAGCCCCAACAACAUCAGGCUCGAGGUUUAUCCGACUGUUGUUGCCGCUCAUCCUUCACAUCCGAGUCAGAUCUCUGCUGGGCUCAGUAAUGGUAAGGUCAUCGUCCUUCAGCCAUUGUGGAGUGGAGGAUGGGGUGAAGCAGCUCCACUUGAUGACAAUGGAGGUUAUUCUAAUGACUCAGAUCAUAGUUACUGACCAGUGACCACAGAGGUUGUCUUAGUUUUCUGUAUGUCUCUCUGAGCUAACUAAUCUUUUUGUAUGUAAGUGAGAUUACUGCUCUUUUUGUACGUAUGUUUGUCUAUGUAACGUAAUUCAUAAUAAAUAUCUGUCUUUUUG